GAGAACUUGUAUCGGUACUUUUGUGCGAUAGACGAAAUCGAUAACGACUGCGACAACCGUGUGGAGAAAACGUGAUAAAAGAAUACUUUGGAAUCAUGACUGGACGUGAGGGUGGUAAAAAGAAGCCAUUGAAGGCCCCUAAGAAGGAUGCCAAGGACAUGGACGAUGAAGAGAUCGCCUUCAAGCAGAAGCAGAAGGAGCAGCAGAAGGCCCUAGACGCGGCCAAGGCGAACGCCUCAAAGAAGGGACCCCUAGUCGGAGGCGGCAUCAAGAAGUCCGGAAAGAAGUGAUUUUGCACUGCCCACCAGCUGCCAAAAUGUUCAUUUAACACCAAAACACAAUUCGCACACAAACCAUUAAGAGGAAGAAACAUCUUGAAUACAAUAGAAACACGACGAACAUUUGCAGCCUACAGUUUCCGCGUCAGAACCAUGGACCAAAAUUGAUUGUAGUGUGUGUGUGAAAUCUAGAAGCAUCUGUACCCUUUUUUUUAUACUUAACAAUAUGUACGAUUAAUACGAAUAAUGCUAUAUUU